UGGGGAUACAAUUUUCGUGUCGUUUCUUGUCGUUUGUCGUUUCACAGCAGUUCGUGUCAUAUUAUUACGAAAGGUGUUUAUGCUUGUCACGAAAUUAAUUUUUUGAAUAAAAAAACGAAUUUUGUAAAAACACAACUUGUAACAGCCGGCUCUAGAAUAUUCCACCAUGCCUGCCCCUAUUGAUAUUUCCCCAAAUAAAGACAACGGAGUCCUUAAAGAAAUCCUCCGGGAGGGUACAAGCGAGGAAUGCCCUCCCCCUGGAUCUAAAGUCAAGGUUCACUACACUGGAACCCUAACCGAUGGUACAAAAUUCGACUCUAGUAGAGACCGAAAUGAGCCUUUUGAAUUUGAGUUGGGCAAAGGGAGUGUGAUUAAAGCAUGGGACAUUGGCGUGGCCACUAUGAAAAAAGGUGAACAAGCCGUGCUCACGUGUGCCCCUGAAUACGCCUAUGGCAAGUCUGGCAGCCCACCAACUAUUCCCCCCGACGCCACCUUAAAAUUUGAUGUUGAAGUGCUCAGUUGGAAAUGCGAGGAUUUGAGCCCUAAGAAAGACGGAGGCAUUGAACGGGCCCAAAUAACGCCAGGAGAAGGGUACACGAACCCCAAUGAUGGGGCUACCGUCGAAGUGCAUCUUAUUGGGAAAUACGAGGGGCGUGAAUUUGAUGUGCGUGAUGUCAUGUUCACGGUUGGGGAAGCGUCAGAACAGAAUGUUAUCCUCGGUAUUGAUAAAGCGAUUGAAAAAUUCAAAAAAGGGGAAACUUCUAAGCUUACAAUCAAGCCGCAAUAUGCAUUUGGAUCUCAGGGUUGUUCAGAAUUUAACAUUCCACCCAACGCAACGGUUGAAUACAUCGUCACGUUGAAGAAUUUCGAAAGAGUUAAAGAAAGUUGGGCUUUGGACACGAAAGAACGUGUGGAACAAGCGAAAAUCUUCAAGGAGAAAGGAACAAAUUAUUUUAAAGCUAACAAAUUUCAUCUGGCUAUUAAAAUGUACAAAAAAAUGACUGAGUAUUUAGAGUCUCAAAAAGAUCCAGAAUUGGAUAAGGAAAUUGAGUCAUUGAAUUUAGCGGCGCAUCUCAAUUUGGCGUUAUGCUACUUGAAAAUAGACGACAAUUUUGAGGCCAAAGCCUCGGCAAGCGCGGCUUUGAAGCAGGAUCCAGACAAUGUUAAAGCUUUGUUUAGAAGAGGUCAAGCUUUACUGAAACUAGGGGAACCCAAACUAGCCUCAGAAGACUUCCAACAGUGUUUAAAACUCGAUCCRGGCAAUAAAGCGGCGCAGAGUCAACAAGCUCUUUGUGUGAAAACCCUCAAAGAACAGUUACAGAAGGAGAAGAAGGUUUAUGCUAAUAUGUUUGACAAAUUUGCAAAGAUGGAUGCUCAGAGGGAAGAGAAAGAGAAAAAGAAAGAGCCAAAUGUGAUGUCGUCAGUGGGUGAAUGGGGUAAGGAGGAUCGUGAGCGAGAGCCGAGUGAGUUUGAGAAGGAAAAUCCGAAUAUUUUGUUGCUUAAUGGUAGUGGAGAAUUUAAGGACAUGUAGUUUUUGUUUUCCAAUUGAAUAAAAGUCGUUUCAGUGGG